CCGCGCUCCUGCCGCGCUCCUCUGGACGCGUCCACACACGCGAAGCCUUUUAUGGUGGGCCCUUAUCUUCGGGAAGAACUUCAGCGGAGCACAGGAUGUCAUUGCUGUUAUCUCCAUCAAUGAGCUUGUCGUCAAAUUGUCUUUCCCUGCGAUAUAAAACCUCCCAGUCCCAUAUGAUGUCCGGUUCCGACUCGGACCCUGGCGGACGUCCUCCCACUCCCUCUGAACGCAGACGCAAUGGCGAAGACGCGCGCCCGUCUUUCAGCCUACCUGAACCCGUCAGCAUGGGCUUUGGAGCCAGAGCCCUCGACGUUUGCGCCGAGCAGCAAGUGGUCGAACAAGGACAUGGAUCCGGUGCCUCCACAUGCUCGGACAUGGACGACCGUGAACUACAUCGCGUACUGGAUUUCGGACGCGACGAACGCUGCAGUGUGGGAGCUCGCGUCGAGCAUGUUAGCCGUCGGUCUAUCAUGGCGGCAGGCUCUCCCUGCGAUCGCAGUGGGGCAUAUCAUCAUCUCCGUUGUGAUGGUUCUCAACGGAACCGCCGGUGCCCGCCUGCAUGUAGCAUUCCCCGUGCUGAACAGGUCUUCCUUCGGAUUCUGGUUCAGCUACUUCAGCGUCGUCAGCCGAGUGCUCCUGUCCAUGUUCUGGUUUGGCAUCCAGACAUUUACAGGGUCGGAAUGCGUGUACCAGAUGCUGAAAGCCAUCUGGCCAUCACUGGAUAGAAUGCCCAAUCAUCUACCAGUUCACGCGAACAUCACCACCUCCGGUAUCAUGUGCUACUUCCUGUACUGGCUCAUCCAGUUCCCGUUCAUGCUAAUCUCGCCUCAGAGGAUCCGGUGUCCCCCGACGUGGCUCGCCAUGCUCAUCUGGGCGAUGGUCAAGGUGCCUCCAAGAGACGGGCUCUUCGUGCAGCACGCAACGAUCCAAGGAAGCGACAUGUCGUGGGCGUGGCUGAGCGCACUGAACAGCGCGCUAGGCAUCUACUCCACGCUGGCCGUCAACAUCCCCGACUUCACCAGAUACGCGAAGAACGAGCGAGCGCAAUACGUCCAGAUCGCCAUCAUCCCCAUAGCGUUCACCCUGUGCGGGUUCAUCGGCAUGGCGGUCACGAGCUCGGGCAUGGUCCUCUACGGCCAGACGCUCUGGGACCCGCUCAAGCUCAUCAACCAGUGGGACAACCGCGCCGCGGCGUUCUUCGCGUCCCUCGCGUGGGUGCUCACCACGCUUGGCACGAACAUAUCCGCGAACUCCCUCUCGGCGGCGAACGACAUGACAGUGCUGUUCCCGAGGUAUAUCAAUAUCAAGAGGGGGCAGGUGCUGUGUGCGCUGCUUGGUGGGUGGGCGCUGUGCCCCUGGGAGAUCCUGGCCAGCGCCGAGGGCUUCUUAUCCUUCAUUAACGGCUAUACCGUCUUCCUUGGCCCCUUCGCCGGUAUCAUGGUCACUGACUACUGGUUCCUGCAUAAAUGCAAGGUAGACGUGCCAUCCAUGUAUCGCCCACACGGACGUUACCGCUAUACGUACGGCUUCAACUGGCGAGCCGUCCUUGCGAUCCUCUGCACCGUGCCGCCGCUCUUCCCCGGCUGGAUCAACUCCAUCAACCCCAAAGUCAAAGUCGGCGGCGCCGUCGACAUCUUCGACUUUGCGUGGAUAUUCGGCUUCGUCGUGGCAUCGACGGUGUACUACGUCACGUCCGCGUUGUUUCCGGCGAAGGAGACGUACAUCCCCGAGGCCAUCUUGGCGGACGAGCCGGAGAGCGACUCUGGCCGGACGUCGGAUGUGGAGGAGGACAAGAAGAGCAUCAAGGAGGAGAUCAAGGAGGCUACGGGAGUGUUUCCUCCGGAGCAGGAGCGAGGCCUGUGAGGGGCAUCAUGACAGAGAAACUACACCUUGUGUAGCUUAUGUAGUCAACAAUCUAACAAGUUAUUGUGUGUCGUGGAGAAGCAUUGGGG